AUGGCUUCCCCUUGUGUCACUUGUUCGAAGCUGGCUCUUCCCUCUGUCCUCCAAAGCAUUUUUCGCGCCGAGUUUGCCUCCGAACUUCGCCCUCAAGACUCUUUCUACAACCAAGCGAGACUUCUAUCGUUACGUCGAGCACAUCUUCCGUACCGUAGCUUUCAAAUCAAGCGAACGUUUGCCACUUCCCUUCCCCGAUCCCAAGAAGUGCAGUCCGAACAGCCACCAUCGCCCUCCAUCGAACCCUCAACCGUGACCGAUAACUCCAGUCCAUCGCAGUUCGACCAUAUAGUGGAAGGCACACCAGGAGAUAAGAUUAAGCACACUGGAAAGUCUCAAACUCGAACGGAUCCCUCGCGGAAUCCUCCAGGUGCUAAAUCCAAGAAUCAAAAAUCCCCACGCAUGCUGCAACAAUUGCAACAGUCUCAGCAGAAAAAGAAGAAGCGCGAGGGAUGGCAAAUUCAAAAAGACGCAUUGAAAAGCAAGUUCAAAGAGGGAUGGAACCCAACCAAGAAGCUCUCACCCGAUGCACUUGACGGAAUGCGACAUCUGCACGCCAUGGCUCCAGACCGCUUCACCACGCCGGUUCUCGCAGAGCAGUUCAAGGUGUCCCCCGAGGCGGUCAGACGUAUCUUGAAGAGCAAAUGGAAGGCUUCAGAAUCCGAAAUGGAAGAUCGGCGCAAGCGUUGGGAGAAGCGACAUGACCGAAUUUGGAGCCAGAUGGCCGAGCUGGGUCUCAGACCGAAGAGGAAGCGCACUCAGGAAAUUGAUGAUUCCAGGGUAUUGUAUGAGGACAGCGGAUCGUGA